CACACUGAAUGAAUGGCAAAAAAGCAAAAAGAAGUAAAAUAAAUAAAUAUUCGGCGAAUUAUUGCAACUAGUUGGAAUCGUAAGGCAUUUAGGUAUUAUCCGAGCAUACUCACCGAAAUAAGCAAUCAAAGUAGGAGAAUUCCCAGCACGACCAUGAUGACGACCAAGGCUGGGAGUGUGGUAAUGAAUUGCCGCACCUGCACACGAGCCUGCAAGCUGUAUAAAUCGCUGCAAGAUGAGAUCGAGAUUGGCACCGAGGGCACCACCACACUGGCCAACAUGCUGAACUAUUGCUCGAGCCUAUCCUUUGAGCCGGAAGACGGCGAGACGAUGCCGCAACACAUCUGCCAGAACUGCUUGCAGCUACUGGAGCAAGCAGUUGCGUUCAAGCGCAUGGUUAUCGACUCGGACGAGCUGCUGCGCCAGGGAUUGAACGAGGCCAACGAUGCCUUCGAUGAGUACGUCACAGUUGAGAUGCUGACCGACGUAGAGGCGGACAACACCAAGCCGGACUCAUCCACCACGGACGAGUCGCCGGCCAUCAUGUUGGAGAAUCUUAACGAGCUGCAACAGGGCGAGGAGGAAUUCGUCAUCGAGGAGGUGGCCGAGCAGGAGGAUGAGCAAGAGGACGAGCAUGAAAUAGAAGAGGCUGAACAGCUUCAGCUGGUGGCAGCCACAGCCGAGCAUUUAGAGAUUGAGACCGUGCACGGAUACCAGCAGGGAGGCAUUCAGUAUGUGAUCAAGAAUGAGUUCGGCUCCCUGGACACCGACGAGGAUGAAUAUGAAGUGAUCGACGAGGCAACAGCAGCCGAUUUGCUCGAUGAACGUAUGAUAGUGAUACACGCCGAGGAUGCCAUCGAGGAGAUUGGCGAAGAAGGCCUGGAAAUGGUCGAAGAGGAAGCAGAGGAGAUGUUGACUUGCGAGGAAGAGGAGAUCGAGUGCGAUGUUGAGGAGGCGGACUACUUGGAUGAGUCAGUGGAGGAGUCGAGCCAACUGCCCAGCGAGCCGCUGCCGUAUGUCUGCAAAGUGUGCCAAAAGCCAUUCCGCCAGCAAUGCCGCCUCAAUCAGCACAUGCGCUCGCACAUCCACGAGAAGCUCUACCGCUGCGACGAGUGCGGCAAGAAGCUGAAACAUUUGCGCAACUUCAAGGAGCACAUGCUCACCCAUUCGAAUGUCAAGCCGCAUCAGUGCCCCAUUUGUGAUCGCUUCUAUCGCACCACAUCCAGCUUGGCCGCCCACAAGCGCACCCAUGCCGAGGAAAAGCCACACAAUUGUGAGCAGUGUGGACGCGGCUAUGCCGCCUUGGAUCAUCUCAAGCGUCACAUGCUCACGCACACCGGCGAGCGUCCGUAUGCUUGCGAUUUGUGCGACAAGGCCUACUACGACUCGUCGUCGCUGCGGCAGCACAAGGUGAGCCAUACGGGCGCCAAGAUGUUCACCUGUGAGAUAUGCGGCGUGGGAUUGUCGCAAAAGUCCGGCUACAAGAAGCACAUGCUUGUCCACUCUGGCGCAAAGCCGCACAAAUGUCACAUCUGUGGACGUGCCUUUACAUUCACCAGCAAUCUCAAUGCCCACGUUCGCCUGCAUUCCGGCGAUAAGCCAUUCAAGUGCGAGAUCUGCAGCAAGGCAUUCCCCACCAAGAAGCGUCUCGUCAGCCACCUGCGUGUCCACAACAAGGAGUCGCGCUCCAAUGGUGUCAGCAGCAGCAGCAACACCGCCAGCAUGCCCGUGGCUAAUCUGCGCCAACGCGCAGUUGUCAACCAAAUGCCCGACAUAACUGACCAAAAGGUGUCCAACUCAAAGGUUGUGGUGGUGCUUUUGCGUGGCAUCGCGCACCAGACGAUACAUAAUGUAGCCAUGCGGAUCGAGUGCAUCCAGUAUGGGGAACACAGUCAUGCCCUGCUCAGCCGUGAACACGACAAUUUCGAACUCUUUUGCCAGUUCGGCAAGAAAGUGAUCGACACCAGGGCGCUUCUUGAAGCGCCAACCAGUUUGAUAUGUCCAAUCCGGAUGCACCAGCACGUCCUUCAUCUCCAGGACAAGCAAAGUGAAAAAAAAACACAUUGUAACAUGUCUUCGUCGAAUGGCACUUGCAUAGCGCACACCUGUCGCGUCUGCUAUGUGCCCGCAAUGAAGAGCUACCAACUGUUCAAGCCAAGCCUGGUGUGCGGCCAACUCACAACGCUGGCUCAGGUGCUCAGCUACUGUGUGGGCAUCGAUGUGCUCGAAGUGGAGAACUAUCUGCCCGAUCACAUAUGCAGCGGCUGUGCCGAGAACCUAGAGAAGGUCAUGGACUUCAAGGAGAAGGCACGCGGCAUCGAUAAGAUCCUCAGAGAGCGUCAUCAAAGGAGGAGCACCGCCAGCGUCAAUCUGCGCUGGAACAGUGAGGCGAUGGUGCUUGAGCCGGAUCCAGACGAGGGCAACUUGCUCUCCGUGUGCGAUAUUAUUGAGGAGGUGCCCGAGGAUGAUAUGCACAUGGCAGGCCACAUUCCAGAGGAGCAAUAUCAGAUAAGCCAAGUGCAGCAGCAGCAUCAGCAGCAGCAGAAACUGGAGGAGCGGCAGCUGUUGCCUUGGCAGCAGAUAGCUGCGGAGAAGGAAACGGACGAGGAGGGGGAGGGGGAGGACGAAGAGGAGAAUGAAGAAGAGGAGGAGCAGCAGCAGCAGGAGGAGGAGGAAAGUGAGGAGACCAGCGAGGAAGAGCAGCAGCAGCAGCCGAAGAAGGAGAAGCGGCAGAAGGAGCAGCGGCAGAAGGAGCAGCAGCCACCAGCUGCCAAAACACGCAAACAAACCCGCAGACCAAAGCCCAACUCCGCGCAGUUGCAGUGUCCGAUCUGCAAUAAGCAGCUGAGCACAACGACAUCGUUCAAGUAUCACAUGCAGCUGCAUGGCGACAUCAAGCCAUUUGCCUGCCACAUCUGCGGGGAAUCGUUCAAGACACGCAACGCCUUUGAUGGCCACAAGACGACGCACGAUCCAAACAAUCCCAACACAUGCCACAUAUGCGGCAAGGUCUACAGACAAGCCUCAUCGCUGCGCACCCACAUGCUGGCGCACAAGGGCCUCAAGCCGUACCAGUGUCCGCAGUGCGGCAAGCGUCUCACCCAGAAGUCUGGCUACAAGAAGCACAUGCUGACGCACACCGGCGAGAUGCCGCACUCCUGCGACAUUUGCCAGCGUUCAUUUCGAUUUUCGAGCAAUUUGAUUGCGCACAAACGCUGCCACAGCCAGGAGAAACCGUUCGAGUGUCAGGUGUGUCCCAAGCGCAGCUUUGCCAGCAGCUCCGAUCUGACGCGACACAUGCUCGUCCACUCCGACGAGCGUCCCUUCAAGUGUCUCGAUUGUGGCAAAACCUUCAAGCGUCAGAUCUCCCUCAGUAUUCACAUGAAAUCAAAGAAAACAGCGGCCAUGGAAUCGUCACCAGAGUACGAUGAGGAGAACUAGCACGGGGAGCAGCAGAAAUAUUUUGUAUACCCGGUACUCGAAGAGUAAAUAGGGUAUAUUGUAUUUGUGCGGAUAACGGUUGUAUGUAACGCA